GCAGAGUGGAAAAGGGUGAGAUCGCGUAGUGGCUUACCUUGUGGCAGUUUUUUUGUAUAUAUGCUUCGACAGUACUUUGCCUGCUUGUUAAUUUUAAAACAGUAUUUUGUGCAAGCAUAAUUAUUUUCAGCGGUGCAUAUUUUAAACAUGUCAACAGUUUAUAUAGCAGGAAAAAUAUGUAUGUGGUUCUAUUUAUGCAUGUCGCUUGUACUGCAUAAUAUUUCAUAUGCUGUGUUUUUACUGGUCAGAUUGAAGUUUAAUUGUGCAUUACAGUGCCAGCAAUUAAUUGAUGGACAUCUUUUAACCGACCAAAAUUUGUCUUAACUACUGUGUCGCGUUCAAGCGAUGUAGAUGUCACCUAAUCUAAAAAAUCCUCACACUUAAAUAGGGCGUAUACUAGUCUGUCACCAGAAACAGAACUCUUCCUCUCCUUUGCAAAUAAACUGGGUAGUUAUACAAUUUUAUUUCACUUACACGUUUUGGAUUAGCUAUUUAGAAAACAAAUGCACCAACACUUAGUGGUUUGCACUAAAAUCUGGUAUGGGACAUUUUUCACAAUUUUGUAGUCAUUCUCAUUUUAUUAAACAGUCCUUCACGUUGGGAAUAACUGAAACGAGAAUAAGUUGUAUAUUAUGACUGAGGACAGUUGCCAUUUUAGGUGCUACUUUUGACUUUGCAGAUCUCAGCAUAUAUUGACUACAUGGGUCACGUGGAAGGGAGUGGGUGGGUAACAAGGAAGAAUCCUAAGUUAAUAAGUUGACAAUGACAAUAAGCAAGACGUUUCUUAUAAAUGCCACAAUGCGUUUAUCAAAAUUCAUACAAUCAUCAUUCCACACAUAGUAGGCAUUACAUACAAAAAAUGUUUCGGUUUCAGUGCUGGACUUGCCUCGCAGGUAUGCAACGCGAUUAUUUGAUGGUGAUACUGCCACCACAUUGGUAUUUCGGCUCCAGUGAAGUCUCAUUUUAAACAUUUUACUCUUUGGUUCUUUUGUAUAUCCCAACAUGGGUAGUUUCUGCAUUAAGCAUGAUCGUUCUAGUCUUGUCUCGCUGGUGGUGCUUCCACUUCCUAGUAAUGCUGUUCAGCCUGCUGUGUGUCUCACGGACCCUUUAAAUAUGAGUUGUAGACAGGGAUGGAUAAGUACGCAUUCACCUUAAAAACGAUUGUAUGUAAAAGCCAAAAUGCGUGCUUAUUUUAUGUGCAUUUGCGCUGCUAUGCAUUUAAAUCUUUAUAUGCUAACUCUGCUUCAUUUGCGAUAUACAUGUUAAAAUGCAAGGUAUUUUUUUGUCAUAGCAGCGCAAAGGCACAUAAUAUAAGUACGCAUUUGCGCUUUUAUAAACAAUCGAUUGCAGGUAUCGUUUUAGGUGCAUUCGUACUUGCAUACCAGUUAUGUCCAUCAUACCUGGUUAUAGAAAUGGGUUAUUUUGCCUGCCAGUGACAGGUUUGGCAGAAUUAACAGUGACACAGCAAAUCAUAAAGUAGUAAUGACAGGCAGCAGACAAUGACAAUACAGGACGCACGACUUACAAAAAUGUCUUAGAUAAGCACGCACAUCACACAAAUAAAACACACAGCGCCGAUUUGCUGUUAAAUUAACAAAGGCAGUGCUCAUUAAUUAGGCAUAUUUCCCAGUCUGAAAACUCUUAUCUACAUUUGUUAUUAAUCAUAUAAAUGGGAAAAGACAUGAUGAUUUAAUCGGCUUAACCCGUCAUUUACGGCUAUAAUUAACCGAUGUGCCGUGUAUGGCAGGGAUAACAGGAUGACUCGAGUUGGUAAACAUGAUGCAUUUAAUCCUCCGGCCCAUGGGGCGGCGAAGGUGAGCGAUGCUCCGAGACCGAAUGGAAGUCGGAAUGAUCAGUACAGUCAUUUUCUUUCGGGUAGCUCGGAUAGAAAGGUGACGGAUGUGGAUAGCAUCGGGUUCUGGGGGAUGUUGCGAUGUCGGGGGUUUUGGCCAGAUUGCUAUUUUAUCCUACUCUUGGCUACAAUGUCGUUAUGGAGAAAGUAUCAUCCAGAAGGUGGUUUGACCGUGUGGAUAAUACUGUCAUUCUCGGAGCGCUUCCCUUUAAAUCAAUGACAACUGAGUUGGUACAGACAGAAAAUGUCCGUGGGGUGAUCACUAUGAAUGAAGAAUAUGAAACAAAAUAUUUCUGCAACUCAGCUGAGGAGUGGCGAUCAGUUGGUGUUGAACAGCUUCGCCUCAGUACAGUGGAUCUGACUGGGGUGCCCAGUUUGCCGAACUUGCAGAAGGGGGUGGAUUUUGUGUUUCAGCACAGGGAGGAAGGAACCAGUGUGUACGUCCACUGCAAAGCUGGCCGUUCUCGAAGCGCAACGUUAGUUGCAGCUUACCUCAUCCGGCUACACAAGUGGAAUCCUGAGGAGGCUUGUGGGAUGCUGCGAUCUAUCCGUCCACACGUGCUGAUCCGCAGGACUCAGAUGGAGGUCCUGUGGCAGUACCACAGGCAGGUCUGUGCAGGCUGAUCAUGCCAUACGACACACGGAUCCCCGUCAAGCAGUGGCAGAAAUGUUCACAGAAUGAAAAGCUGUCAUCGGCAAAUACCACACUGUGGCCUGGAAAUACGUGCAAGUUAGAGACUGACUGUGAAUUGCAAGUCGCCCAACAUAGUCUUUGUGCCAUUUUCAGAGCAAUUUAAAUUCAUUAUGAGAUCCAGGGUUAGAUCAAAUUGCAAAACUGCAGUGGCAUAGCGGUCUAAACUAAGUAAAAAUGCUAAAUCCUGCUUUUUAUUGUGAGAUGGUUGACAUAAAUUUGAUUCAUAUUUAACUGAAUGGGUAAGUGUUUGUUUGUUUUGUUCAUGCAGGCCUGUUGAAUUCCUUUAGGAUUUUCACACCUCUUUUUCUGGUGAUUUUAGCUAUUUCUGUGGGAUCCACAGGUGUUCUGCUGAUUGCUGUGUGAAUCAGUAGCCUCAGAUUAAUAACAAUAUUUUAAUAAGUGACAUAGGGCCCUUUUUGUUUUGUUUUGUUUUUCAUUUCCCAGGUUGCACAAGUAGAACAUAAUUGUUUUUUCAUGGUGUCCUGUCAAAAUAAGCCUUAAAGAAGAUAGUAUCACACAUGCAGAUCUGCAUGCUUUUGCCAAAUGUUGAUGAUGAUAAUAGUAAUAAUAAUUACACUUUAUUGAUCCCUUUGGGGAAAUUCUCUUUUUGCCUACUCUGUUAACAGUGUUUAUUAUGAAAUAUAAGUCUUCUGGGAAGAUUAAGGAUGAGUGAUGUUAUUUCAUAAUGCUGAGGCCUUUUAAUUUUGGAUCUGCUUUACAUGAAAUGUCGUGCAAAAUAACAGUGAUGACCAGGAAAAUUAUAGCAGGACUAAAACUUAACUGUUUUAAUGAAUUCUGCUGGUAGCAGAGUCCUUAGUUUAAAUCACAGUUGGACUUGAAACUGAAUUUUAUGAAUGAGGUUUUGUUUUUUGCAGCUUUGACUUUCAAAAUCUUGACCUUGUAAACAUUAAAUCAAUGGGUUGUGUACCAAUGUAAAAUGAGUAUAUGAGGUUUGUAUAUAUCUAUGUAUAUAUGAGGUUUAGUGUAUAUGAUAAACCCUUGUUUUAUUUUUGGAUGUGAUUACUUUUGCCUAAUUUACAAAUAAUCUUAUUUGGGUUGUAUUGUGUUUUUCAUAAUUUAUCCGAUUGCAUAUAGAGAAACCUAAAGAUGUGACUGUUUCCUGCUGCUACAGUGCCCUCCACAAUAAUUGGCACCCUUUGUAAAGAUUUGUAAAAAGGAUUAGAAAAAAAUCUAUUAAAAGAAAAAAAAAACA